AUGAUGAACAGUUUCUACAAAAAAAAAAAAAAAUCCUUCGAGUAUUGAUGGCAGUGCAGGCUGUGCUCCUGACAGCAACACCCGCCGCCAGGACCCUGUCGCUCCUGCAAGAAGAAGGAUCACUGGUCUCUCGACUGCAAGAAGGCGCUCGAGGACGGCAAAAAGCCCGACACCGCUGACUCGACCGUCGACUCGCAACACCAUGUCGGAUGUCUCGCCACCGGUCUUCUCGCUCAUCGUCGCCAGCUUCGCAACCACUCUUUUGUCGUCGACUCGGGCGCCACUUCGCACAUGGUCUCGGACAAGUCGCUGUUCACGACCUAUCGCCAUAUCGCUCCUACGAAGAUUGGUGGUAUUGCAGGGGGCAUCAACGCCAUCGGAACGGGAAACAUCGCCUUCAUUGCCGCCUCGGGUCAUCCGAUCACGCUUACCGGUGUGCUGCACACUCCGGGCCUGUUUGUCAAUCUUCUCUCGGUCUCUCGACUUUGCGACACCGACGAUGUCUGUGUCGCCUUCACGAAACACGGCAUCCACAUUGACAAGGACGGCAAUGACAUCGCUGAAGGCGCAAGACUCGACGAAGGGCUCUACUUGCUGGACGCUGAUCAUUCCAAAUGUCAGCACCUUGCUCUCCUUUCUUGCUCACAGUCAUCCGUGCCCCUGCUGACUCUCCACCGCUGCCUCGGCCAUCUCGCACCGUCCUCCAUACAGAAGAUGGUUGCCGCUGGUUUGCUGGAGGGUCUCAGGGCCGGAUAUAGUGACGAAGAGGUAGAGAAGUUUGUCUGCAAUGCUUGCCUCAGCGCAAAGGGCCAUCGUCUUCCCUUCCCCGAUUCGGAUUCGCACUCCCCAGAGAGACUCGGCCUUGUACACAGCGAUGUGCUUUCCUUCCCCGAGCGGUCCUUGACUGGCAAACGUUACCUGGUCACAUUCCUUGACGAUUACUCGCGUAAACUCUGGGCCUACGCAAUCGGACACAAAAGCGAAGUCUUCGGCAUAUUCAAAACUUGGCUAGCCGAGGUUGAACUCGAGACGGGUGCGACGCUGAAGGUCCUCCGAACCGACAACGGUGGCGAAUACUGUUCGAGAGCGUUCACAGAGUUCUGCAAGGCACGAGGCACCCGUCGACAAUACUCUAUCCCACGCACACCUCAACAGAACGGUCGUGCAGAGCGGGUCAAUCGUUCCAUUGUCGAAGGCGUCCUUGCCCUCCUUGUCGACGCCCACCUACCCAAGACAUUCUGGGAGGAGGCCGCAGCUUAUUUCGUUUACUGCAAGAACCUGUGUCAACACGCGGCCCUGGACAAGGCAACACCAAACUCCGUCUGGCAGGGUGACCACACCACUGCCUCGGCGCUUCACCCGUUCGGCUGUACAGCUUGGCUUACGGUCGCGCCCGAACUCCGCUCCAAACUCGACCCGAAGGCGGUUCGCGUUCUUUUCACCGGCUACGACCUGGCUUCAAAAGCCUUUCGCUUCUACGACACUACGACACAGAAGAUUAUACUUGGCAGAAAUGCCACGUUCCUCGACACUGAAUUCCCCGGUUUACAUGGCGACCCCACCGAGCAAGACGGCGACACGCACUUCGCCAGCGCUCCCACCACCGAAUCUCAAGCCGUUGUCAAGACAUGGACCCCACUAGUAAGGUCGGCGCACAUGGACGUCUCAUCCCCCCUUGAUGAUUCUACCAUGAGCGCCGUUGACGUGGCCCCAGGGUACACUGGCGGAACCUUACUUAACUUCACAGAUGCCGAAUCGUCCUCGUCACCGUCGCCCGUGCCGUCCUCGUCACCGUCGCCUGCGCCAUCACCUGCACUUUCACCGUCGUCGGCUGCGUCAUCGUCACCCUCGGCCUUACCGACCGACUCUGAAGACUCCGCCGAUCCCCUCGACCUCCUCGGCUCACAGCCCCAGGUUCGCCUCGAUCUACAGGACGUGCACCGCCCAGACUUCAGCACGUACCGCGAGCCCACAUCGGCUGAGGAGUCGCCCGACGAACUCGACCUCAUUGGGUGCCACUCUCGCAACGAAUCUCCGGACGAAAUCGAUUUCCUCACCCGACACCACCGCGCCUUCAUCGCCACCGACGAUGACACCUCUGACACAGAGGCAAUUCAGCCAGUCAAGUCCAUCACGAGCGACCCACAGACCUGGCGCGAGGCGAUGUCUAGCGACAAGCGUGAAGUAUGGGCCAAAGCCGCCACCGACGAGUUCACCUCCAUGCGCGACGACUUCAAGGUCUUCACCAUCGAGGACCGAGCCACGGUGCCCGCGGGUGCGACUAUCGUUACAUCCAAGUUCGUCUGGAAAACGAAACGGAACGCACUCGGCGAAGUCACUGGACACAAGGCAAGGCUGGUCGCGCAAGGCAAUCGGCAACGCGACGGCAUCGACUUCAACGAAACGUUCGCACCGGUCGCACGCUUCUCCUCCAUACGCUCACUCCUCGCGCUGGCGGCCGCCAACGGCUUGCACGUGCACCAGGCGGACAUCGACAAAGCAUAUCUGCAUGGCGACCUUGACCACGACAUCUGGAUGACGGCACCGCGCGGCUUCGACCUUCCCAGCGACAAGGUGCUUCGCUUGCGACGCUCCAUCUACGGGCUCAAACAGGCUGGUCGAAUCUGGAAUCGACACAUCGACGCUUCGCUUCGGGCCCUUGGUUACACGGCGACGGGCACCGACCACUGCGUAUACUCUCGCCUCGAUGAUCGUCAACGUCCACACUACAUCGCACUGUACGUCGACGACCUCCUGAUGAUCAGCCCGGACCUGGCCGAAAUCGAACGUGUCAUCUCAGGCCUGGAACAACGCUACGGAGUCAAGCGCCUCGGCCCGGCAGAGUAUAUCCUCGGCAUCCAGAUCAGGCGGCUCGACGACGGCUCUAUCGCCCUAUCCCAGGAACGGUACAUCAUGGACGUGCUCGCUCGGUUCCAUUUCGACACCACGACUCGUGGCACUACAGUUCCGAUGACUCCCGGCCUUUCGCUCACAGCUAUCCCGGGUCAAGGCACCGAACGGAUCAGGUCAUGGUAUCUGCAGGCUAUCGGCUCGCUCCUCUACAUUUCGCUCGGCACCCGCCCUGACAUCGCCUUCGCCGUGUCCUACCUGGCCCGCUUCGCCAACAACCCCGGUCGUCGUCAUUGGAUCGCGGUCAAGCACAUCCUACGCUAUCUCCGGGCCACGUAUCGCAACGAACUCGUGUAUGCUCGCGGCCAGGCUCGCAUCACGGGUGUGGUAGGCUACUCCGACGCGAACUGGGGGGCCUGCAUCGACACAUCGGUGUCCACCAUGGGCUACGUCUUCUACAUCGCUGGCUUGGCUGUGUCCUGGUCGUCCAAACGCCAGUCUCGAGUUGCCGAUUCGACCACUGACGCUGAAUACCUCGCCCUCUCGCAUGCUGGCAAGGAAGGGAUUUACCUCAGUCAGCUGCUCGAAGAGCUCCAUGUCCAACCUGUUGCACCGGCUCACAUCUUUACUGACAACGAAGCCGCUGCUGCAGUUGCUCACGAUCCUGUCCGCGUCUCUGGCACUCGGCACAUACGCUUGCGCGAGCACUUUGUUCGGGACAUGGUGAAUCGGGGCGACAUCUCUCUCUCGCAUGUGGGUACCAGCGACAUGGUGGCCGACAUCUUCACCAAGGCUCUCGGCCCAAAGGUCUUCUCAACGCACUGCUACGCCCUCGGCCUUCGCACUCGACACCCGCGGCUUGGGUCUGCCUCGCAUUCGCGUGGGGGGGGGUGUGAAGAGUCCACUCUCAGCUCGACAGGGGCACCUCGGUCGUUGCGCGCACUUGCUAGCCCGCCCCCGGCGGUGGGGACUUAGGCGCGCCGGCAAUUUCACCCGCGGCUGACUUAGGGAUGUACAUUGUCACGCGCCUGGGCCUAUCCCAGCGUGGCCCCCCUUUCUGUUUCUUAGCUUCCUUCUCAUCACUUCUGUUCGACUCUCAACCUCUCCUGACAGUAGUGGUGAUCGUCUCAUACAGCUGACUAUGGGGCUUCCCCUUUUGCGGGGUCGUGGGAGAACGACCUCGAAAUGGAUGUGGGUUUGGCUGGCCUGCGCGAUCGGCUUCCAGCGGCUGCACCUGCUCCGCUGGCGCGUUCAUCAGCGGUUCGAGCUGGACAACGUUGUGGCUCCUCCCUCGCUUCCCAGUGCGCUCAGAGCGUUCGAGCGAGAUUUUCUCUCUCGAGCGGGUUUUGUGCCUGGGGUUCGAGAUGUUGAAUUUCAUUCUACUACAAGCCUUCGAACACUUCAACCUCGCGCCACCAUUUGUCAGGCCUGCCCAUUUUCUCGCCUCGAGCGCCCUUUCGCCUCGGCGCAUUCUCGCCUCGGGCGCCUUUCGCCUUCGCAGCUAAGCCGCCCCCUUUUCUCCGCCUCCGCGCAUGCCUGCUCAACUCACGCUCGCGCGCCACCGCCUCCACGCCGGGACUUAGUCAGCCUGCACUCUCCAGCUUUGCCAAGCCAACACCUCCGCCUCGCCACAGCCAAUUUGCCACCGCCGACCUCAUGAUCCAUCGGCCAUUCAGAACAUCGCCCAUUCAUGAUGCCCAUCGUUUGCAACCUGGAACUUGUCGUUACGGAUCACCUCACUGA